AUGUCAACUGGGGCGAGCUCACAGCGAUGGUCGAGAUAUUGGAGCACUUGCAGCCGCACACGAAGAUCAAGUACCUCACGGACCCUAGCUACGUUACCCAAGGAGCGGAUCGGAUUCGCAAUGGAAAGAUACCCACGACGCACAAGAAUUUGGAAGCGGUACCGCGAAGUGGCCAAGUUGAAUGAUAUUGUGGUCGCGAAGAUCGAGAGCCACAUGUCGGCGACGGAUGUGAUGGUGGCGGGAGUCGACAUGGGCGAUAUCAUGGGCAACCACCUCGCCGACGAGUUCGUGGAGGGCACCGCGGGGGAGGUUAAGGUCCCCCAGAACGAGGUGCGGAAGAUCAGGUUCGCGGAGGAGGUUGCGACGCCCAUGGCGGCGAUGGAAAAGGAGCCAUCCCAGCAACCCGCCGCCAAGGAACUCAAUGAUGGGAAGAGGAAGCUCGAGAAGCGCAAGCUGGUCGUCGCGGACACCAAACACGUCAUCAUGUGGGACCCGAGCGCGGAGUUUUUCAAGCGCGAGCAGUGA